AAAAUGCACACGAGAAAGUGUUCGCACAACAAUCUCGACAAUGGCGACGAGCGAGAAUGAUCGCCUGAGAUCUUCUGUCAGCAGUCACGGCAGUAUGGAUGGAUCGGGUAUAAAACAAGAACCUUUUCGUUCCAAAGCGAUUCUACCGUGGGAUAGACUGUCCAACUGGCUUCAUUGUGUCUGCGUUGUUACGUUUGAUUUGGAGUUAGGGCAAGCUUUGGAGUUUGUUUAUCCAAACCAUGUGAAACUCUCUGAAAAAGAGAAAAUGAAUAUAUGCUACCUAUCAUUCCCUGACUCCAACUCCGGGUGUAUGGGAGACACACAGUUCAACUUCCGCAUCCGACAGUGCCACGGCAGAUCUCACUCCUACAACAACAGAAAAGUGUAUGAUAGGAACAGCCCAGUGGCAUUGCAGAGUGACAGUGGACAUUACUACGGCUUUGUGUACUUCCGACAAAUCAAAGACAAAUCUUCCCGGAGAGGUUACUUCCAAAAAUCACUGGUAGUGCUUUCCAAGGUUCCCUACAUCACUCUCUUCACACGUCUUGCCAGCAUUAUUGCACCUGGAUAUUUUGAGUACGGUGAACCAUCGGCAGAAGCUGCUUGCCAUGAUAUUGACCAAUGGCCAUCGCCGAUGCCAGGCCAGCUCUUACACUUACCAAUCAUGGGUAGUGUAUUACAAAUCAGAAUACCUACAAAGCAAGACAAACCAGGCUCCAUAUCAGCGGCUGUCAAGACAACGCCUGAGCACGGUGGUUCCCAUCCAACUAUUGUGCCAUCAGUUCACGAAGUGGAGCCUUUUCGUUGUCUUCAACCAGUCUUGCCACACAUACAACUUAUAUGGGAGCUGGUGCUAACUGGAGAGCCCGUCGUGGUGAUGGCGCCCUCACCGUCCAUCUGUUCAGACACCAUUCAUGCAUUGGUCCACACCAUCUCACCACUCCGCUACAUGUCUGACUUCCGGCCAUACUUCACAAUACACGAUAGUGAGUUCAAGGAAUAUACGACAAGAACUCAAGCUCCUCCCUCGGUUAUACUCGGUGUAACUAAUCCAUUCUUUGCCAAGACGUUACAACAUUGGCCUCAUGUUAUCAGGAUAGGGGAGCCAGUAAACACGGACAAGUCCAAUUCUAAGAUGUUAAAACCAAAGAAGCCAGGCAGUUUGAAGACACUGGAAUCCAAGCCGGGGCUGUAUACACAAUACAAACCCUUCCUGAACAAGGAUAAGACAAUUAUUAAGAGAUUAGCAAAGGGCGUACAAACCAAACGACCACAGGAAGUACAGGAUGCCAUGCUGAGAAGACACUUGCUGGAACUAACGCAAAGCUUCAUGAUUCCACUGGAGAGAUACGUAGCCAGCCUGAUGCCACUACAGAGAAAUAUCUCACCCUGGAAGCAUCCUCCAAGGUUAAAGCCUUUUGAUACUGAGGCAUUCUUGAAGACGUUGGAACAUUCAGGCCCCCAGCUGACCUCCGGACUCAAGGGAGACUGGAUAGGCCUCUACAAGAAGUUCUUUAGCAGCAAGAACUUUGAGGGUUGGUUCUGGCAGCGUCAGUUGGAGGUCAACCACAAGUUGUCUGUCUUGCACCUGGAGGCGCUGUGCAAUGCUGACCUGCUGCAGUGGGUCAGUGACAAACAAGAAGUACAGGUCGUUGACCUGGUACUCAAACUCAGGGAAAAAAUGGCUGACAUUCUGGAUCAGAAUCUCCAAGUAAAACCUGAACUGGAGCAGAGACUAACCAAGCAUAUUGAAGCCAUCAUUACGACGUUACCGUCCGACUUACAGGCAGUGCUCAAGAGCCAAUAGGAAAGCAGCUAUGCUGAGUGAUAGCCAAUAGGAAUGCAGCAAUGGAAGCCAGUCAGUGCUCAAGAGCCAAUGGAAAAGCAGCUAUGCUGAGUGAUAGCCAAUAGGAUUGCACCAAUGGGAGCCAGUCAGUGCUCAAGAACCAAUAGGAAAGCAGCUAUGCUGAGUGAUAACCAAUAGGAAUGCAGCAAUGGGAGCCAGUCAGUGCUCAAGAGCCAAUAGGAAAGCAGCUAUGCUGAGUGAUAGCCAAUAGGAAUGCACCAAUGGGAGCCAGUCAGUGCUCAAGAGCUAAUGGAAAAGCAGCUAUGCUGAGUGAUAGCCAAUAGGAUUGCACCAAUGGGAGCCAGUCAGUGCUCAAGAGCUAAUGGAAAAGCAGCUAUGCUGAGUGAUAGCCAAUAGGAAUGCACCAAUGGGAGCCAGUCAGUGCUCAAGAGCCAAUAGGAAAGCAGCUAUGCUGAGUGAUAGCCAAUAGGAAUGCACCAAUGGGAGCCAGUCAGUGCUCAAGAGCCAAUAGGAAAGCGGCUAUGCUGAGUGACAGCCAAUAGGAAUGUACUAGUGCUGAUCAGUAAGCACUUGGGUCAUUCUGGUCUCACGCAGUUCUGUUCAUAAAGGUUAAUCAACUUCCUGUAUGUGUGCAGAAUGUUGAGAAAUGCAAAGCAUUGUGGGUAAUUCAAACUGGACUUAAACAACCGAGAUAAAAAUGCAUUGGUGAUUCAUGUAAAUAAUAAUAAUAAUAAUUUGGGAGGCUAAUCAUCCUUACUGGCAGCUGGGAUGCUGAAUUGCGAAGGACGCGGCUACAACGUGGUUGGGCUUCUGGCACGUAAGGGUGCCUAUGGCUGCCGGCCACAUCGACCCAUAUAUGACCACGGAGCACAGCCCGAGACAGAAAGUGUUCGAUUUUGCCGGAGGGAGGAAAACCGGAGGGCCCGGAGAAAAACCCUCAUGGCACAGGAGAGAACCAAAACACAACUCUACUCACGUGAUCCCCAGCCAAAACUACAUGUAUGAAUAACCAUAGUUUGACGAUCUUUGCUUGCACCCAUCAUUGUCGACUUUACAUGAAGUUGACUAUUUGGGACCUGUCCUUUGAGGUCGCUGUAUUGUAUACAAUAGCCAGACACUCGCAAUGCACAGUAGGGAGCCAGGAACAAGACGUUUGAUGACGACGUGUUGACUCACUUUCGCAUGUUGCUAUUUAGUGCACAGGCGUAAGUUACGUCACAAAUCAACCGCAAGUCGACCAGUGGUCCUCAAAUUAACUUGCUCAUGAAUAAGCCGAAAGGAACAUGAUGAAAGAUGCAAUUUAUUUUUAGUAACAAGGUCACGAUUGGACAGUUAGCUGUGUUGAACAGCCAAUGAGAAUCAAUGAAUUCAGCAGAAGUGUGCUAUGAACCAAUGGGAGUGACUUUUGAAGGACUUGGGGGGGGGGGAGUGAUGAAAGAGGGAAUGACCCCUAACCCCCAAAAAAACUAUCAAUGUUCAUAAAUUAAAUACAAUCAGUAACCAAUAGCACUUGCAUUACAUUUUAUGUUGUUUUAAUUUCCUACUGAAUCCAAAAGCCAUUGGCAGGUACAACUGUUGACUUUUUACAAACAACGUUUAACUCAUAAAAGGGAAUACAAUUUUACAUGUACAUGCAUUUCCCAAUUGCUAAACUAUUUCUCCAGUUUUCCAUAGGUUUAUUCACAAACACUGAUGGACGUAUUGGGUGUCAAACAGUGGCUCAUUCUGAUUCUAUUAAAAAUUGACAAACGUCAAAUAAUGCCCUUAA